CUGAUUGUAUUUGUGGACCAACCUGCACGUUUGCUAGUUGAUUGACGCUAGUAGUUUCUGAUCAUUGAGCGCCUGGGCUUUGACGCAAUGUUUGCAACCGUGCUGAGAAGAUGCGUGAGCGGAAAGUUACUGUCGGCACCUGCCGCAAAACUUGUCAGAGCCAGAGGGACAAGCAACUACUCCACAACUUUAAGAAGGACGGCCGCUGCUCUCACUAGCGGGCGAGCUGCGCUCCUCCUGGGCCUCCCCGCACUGUCCUGCCUGACCUUUGAAGCUUAUCACCGAGUGCAGAGUUCAACCGUGCUCUACGCUUUAGAGAAAGAGGAGGUUCUGGAGCAGGCUGACUACCUGUACAGCUGUGCAGAGACGGAGAAGCUGUACCAGCUGCUGCUGCAGUACAAGGACAGUGACAAUGCAGAGUUUCUGUGGAGGCUGGCUCGGGCGUCUCGCGACCUGUCCGUCCAGCCCAACGUGGAGGCCGGACGGAAGAAGCAGCUGAUGUUUGACGCUUUUGAAUAUGCAAAGAAGGCCCUGGACAAAGAUGACAAGUGUUUCGCUGCACACAAAUGGUACGCAGUGUGUCUCAGCGACGUCGGGGAUUACGAGGGAAUCAAGACGAAAAUCGGAAAUUCCUACAUCAUCAGGGAACAUCUAGAGAGAGCUAUUGAACUCAAUCCCAAAGAUGCCACUUCCUUAUUUAUUUUGGGUUACUGGUGCUUUUCCUUUGCUGAGCUGCCUUGGUACCAACGCAAAGUGGCGGCGGUCAUUUUUUCUUCACCACCCAACUCCACGUACGAGGAGGCUUUGGAGUUCUUCCUGAAAGCCGAAGAAGCUGAUCCAAACUUCUACAGUAAAAAUCUGCUGAUGCUCGGGAAGACGUACCUGGGGAUGAAAGACCGAGAGAGAGCGCUGCACUAUCUAACCAAAGCAAAAGAAUACCCCGCCCACACACAGGAGGAGAAGGAGGUCCACAAAGAAGCCCUUGACUUCCUGAAGAAACUAGGAUGAACCUGUGGUUGCCACGUAGUGGAUUUUGCCUUUUUGGAGGCUGUUAAUUUCCCCAAAAUGUUAUUCUGAUUCUGUAAAUUAUUAAUUCAGCGGCACCAUGUUAAGUCAUUCAGCUUUUAAGCAAAAACUGGAACCUGCAAAGUUUGACGUUCAAGUAAUGUGAUGUACAUGCUGCCUGCGUCUCUUCAUGCCUCAUUUCCACUGACUUCUCUGACAUCCAGCUCAAAGAGGAGCACACGCUAUUGGCUGGAGUGAAUGUUCCAAAAAUACGAGCGUGGUCUUUUGAUUUCCUCUGAAAAUGGAUGAGAAGUGGCCAGGAGCAAUGCUGGGCCGUUACGCAUGAAGCAGCUGCACCAGUUGUUUGGAAAAGCUGCAUGUUAUCUAUCUAUAUAUAUAUAAAUAUAUAUAUAUUGAAUUCAAA